GGAAGCGGCGGGAGCAGGGUUGCGGAGCGGGACGCCGCGGCGAUAAUUAAAUGGGUCUUCAGAGGCAAAGUCUCUAACAGAAAAUGGCAUAUCGGAGAGAUGAAAUGUGGUCUGAAGGACGAUAUGACUAUGAAAGACUUCCAAGAGAACGCCUUCCUCCAAGGAUUCAUCCUGAUGAUGACUACCAUAGAGUAGUAAAUGUCAUGCCCAAGAAACCACCACUUCUUGAUAGACCUGGAGAAGGGAGUUACAGUCGCUAUGAUGAUUACAGCCACACUGAGUACAGAGACUAUGAGGAGGGUCGCAGUUUUGCCCAUGAGCGAAGAAGUGGCCCACCACAUCGAGGUGUACAUAAGGAUGAGUCAGGAUACAGAUGGCCAAGAGAUGAUCAUCCUAUGAAUCGGCAGACUGAAUACAGGAAGGUCAGAGAUGGCUUCAGAAGGAAAAGCUUCCAUCCCUCUCAUUAUAUGAGAGAACGAUCCCCUCAUAAGAGAGACUCUCCUUUCUUCAGGGAAUCACCAGUGAGCCGAAGGGAUUCUCCGCACAGCAGAUCUGGCUCCAGUGUGAGCAGCAGAAGCUACUCUCCUGAAAGAAGCAAAGCCUAUCCUUUCCACCAGUCCCAGCAUAGCAGAAGUAUGUCAUCUUUACAUAAAAGAAAUAUUUCUUCUCAGCAAGGUAAAGAGAGGACUUCAGUUCAGUCGUCGAAAACAUCAAGAGAUGCAUCACCAUCGGGUUCCACAGCAGUACCCUCGACAAAGACCGUGGAGAAGAGCAACAGACUAUCAGAAAAGGAACUUGCAGAAGCUGCAAGCAAAUGGGCAGCUGAGAAGUUAGAGAAGGCCGAUGAAAACAAUUUACCUGAAAGAACAGAGUAUGAGGCUGGAUCUUCAGCUCCAUUAUAUGUCGAACAAACAGAGGAAACAGAAACAAAUGUAACUGACAGUACGGAAUUAUAUGAGGAUAACCAACUUCUUUGCCGCUCAAAAGCAAUUGCAACUAAAACCAAGGAGAUUGAACAGGUAUACAGACAAGACUGUGAAACCUUUGGCAUGGUGGUGAAGAUGCUGAUUGAUAAAGAUCCGUCAUUAGAGAAGUCCAUUCAGUUUGCUCUGAGGCAGAAUUUGCAUGAAAUAGGUGAGCGAUGCAUUGAAGAACUCAAACAUUUCAUUGCUGAGUACGAUGCUGCCAACCAAGAUAUAUCAGAAUCCUUCAAAGACGGCUCAUACUAAGACAGAAAUUCAAUUUUAGAACUCUGCAUACAGUAUGUGCACUGUAAUGCAUACAUCUGUUUCUUGUGGGGAAAGGGGAGUUUGUGUUGAAGAUUGGAACCCAAGGCCUGUGCUACUUCAUAGCUCAGAUGGCCAUACAUUGUUCGUUGUAGUCUCCACAGUUGUAUUCUUCCUACCUGUACCUGUUGACAUAUAUUCCGUUGAAAAAGUUGUUCUUUCUUCAAAAAUUCUGUAAAGUCACGAGCUAUUUUUGAAACCUUUACACACUUACCUGGCACACCACGUUCAGUCUGAUGUUUGUGCAUUUGUGUUUUGAUGUUUGUAAGCGUAACCAGAAACACCGUGUUUUUUACUAAAAGAAGAAUGUUCUUCCUUCCUCAGCUUAUGCAGGAAUGUCCUAUGUUCAUACAUACGGUAGGAAUGGAAGACUUGUAAAGUUGCUCACCACUAUGAUUUAAUUUAUUUAUUAUAGUUUAAUUUUGAAUUUCAGAUUGAUUCUGUACAAUUACACCAGGGUUUAUGUAGUCUUUGCCAGAGGAACUCUGCCUGCUUAGUGUUAGAAGAACCUACUCUACUUCUGCAAAUGCUUUUUGUAUGUUGGUGUUUUCCACACUGUAAGUCAUUACUAGUAAGCAGUAUUAUGUAGAAUGAAUUCCAAUUUUUGUUAACUGUUUGCAGCUGUUUUCUUUUUUAAUUAUUUUUAUACAUAUGUAUUUUUGAACUAUACAGAAUGUAACCAGGGGCAGACACUGAGGGAAGGUCUCUGCUUUUACUCUCUCCCCCUCUUCUCCCUUAAACCUCGCCAUUUUUCGUGCAUCAGUUGUAACAAUUAGGAGGCCGUGUAAAUCUUCAGAAGUCACGCAGGCACAGGAAUUUGAGGUGCCAAGGUGAGGUCUGGGCCAUCUCUCUAUUUAGUAACUCCAGAUUGCUUCAGAUCAGGUAUAAAUGUGAAGUUAAACCUUAAGUAGGCCCCAAAUGCAUUAUUUCAAACCUAAAUGAUUCUGUAGUGGUGGAGUGUCUGGAGCCAUUUUUGACCUGAUAGAGAGUGACUUGUAGCUGGGAAAAAUGGUUGAGCAGAGACAAGAGAGUGCCAGUGCUGUGCCAUUGUGUUGCAGAGAUGAAAUGUAACUUAGGAAUCAAUCGUUGGCAGGGUAGGUAUCCUGACUACUGCUAUGUGUGCACAUAAGGUGAUACUGUUUAUCUUGAAUGUUUUAGGAAAAGGGAGAAUUUGAGUCAUAGUGAAGAAAAAGUAAACGAAAAAGUAAACACGAUUGUUUUCCAUACGUGGAUUUAUAAACACGAAACUCUGUUAGAGGGCUAACAACUGAAUGAAGCUCACCGUUUCCCAUACGCACAGUAUUAAAUGCAAACGUCCGUGGAUUCAGCCCCUUAUUAAGUAGCUUCACAGAUUUCUGCCAAAUGGUUUGCAGAAAAGUGAAUACAGUGGCAGCGAUUUUGCACAUACAAGGUACUGCAUCACAGCAUCUUCCACAGACAAACCUUGAUAUGGUACAUUAAAUAUGUAUUGCAUCAGAUUCCUCAGAUGCCUGAUUAGUUUUAAUGUCAGGGCUGCAGGGUGAGUGGGAAAAGCUCACUAAUCCUACUGGGUGCUGAUUUGGGGUGGGAGAUGGGCAAGAAAGGUGGCCUGUGGUGGCGCAGCAGCUAGGCCUGACCCAGCCCUUUUGCAAUAGCCUGGCUUGUCCUGCAACCACAGGCAACGUUCUCUGAGACAGGAACGUAGCGAACAGGGCUCACUAUGGACCAGACAGUCUUCAGGUGGUAGAUCUGAGCUUCUGCUUUGGGUUAGAAACACUAAAGAAACAAAACAGUGAAUUCGUGCUUAAUAUAAUUUUUGUCCGUUGUUACUGCACGUUGUGUUAGGAGUCUCUUUUGUUCUCAUAGUGAAAUUGAAUCAGGCUUCUAAAAGUGUCUGAUUUUUCAAGUGCUUUCCUGUAGAGCUUACAACGCUGUUGUGUUUUUGCAGUUCGUUUUUGCCAGUAGGUCAGCAGCAACAUUGUCCUUAGCUUCCCUUCUUUUUUUUUUUCUUGACUGAUUUUUACUGAUAACCGAAGGAGACACUUGAUUUUACUUUUAUUUUUUUAAUAAAUGCUGUUUCUAUGAAA